AUGCCGAAUCUACAUUCUCCUAUGGACGAGCAGUCCACAUUUGGCUCUCCUGCACCAAAGAAUAGUGCUCAACAGCACACACCACUGCAGACUCCACAGCAGCAGCAACAUUCUCAUAAAAAAGAUGAUUGGCCACUUGAUCGCCUUGCUGAACUUUACGUUAUUCGGCUUCAGAACUCCAGGCUGAACUGGGAUGAAUUUCAGGAAAAAUUCUACCCCAACUAUCAUACGCGAGUGAGGUUCAAGUUCUAUGAAGCGAGAAAACUGGCUGAUAAAAAUGAAUUGCCAAAUAUCUCGUCGGUCAAUCUCCCAAGCAAUAUGCAACCCCGGAUCCGCAAGUCCAGGUAUUCGCUUGAAAAGCUCUAUACCGAAAGCGAACUAGAAGACUUCGAUACCGAGAGUGAAGGCGGUGAUCUCCCUUAUCAAACCGAAAACACAUCCGCGGGACCCGAUCUAAACCCACCAAGCACCCUAGCCAGCAAACCGAAACCGAAACCGGUCUCGGCACCAUCAUCAACAUCAGCUCGAAAGAGCCUAGGAACAGCUACUGCAACUUCAAUGAGCAUUGGGCCAGAAAAGCGCCCAACCAAGCGGCCCAGGAUCAGCACAUCAUCGCGGCCCACAACCCCACUCACGGGCUCUGACGCAGCCACCAACCGCUCUCGCAAACCUUCAUCGUCUUCCGGGCCACUGCAUCAGCACCAGCACCAUUGCAUCCCCCUUCCACCAACGGGAACGCCGGGCACCACUCCAGGCGCCACUCCCAUCUCCUCAAAUGACGUCGGGUCCAAGAUCCGUUUUGAUCGGGUUAACUUUGCUGACUGGACCUACAUAUACAACUUAGCGAAGUCCUGUCCUGCCGAGCGCGAGCGCGCCGAUACCCUCGCAAUCCGUGAGCGGGACCAACUCCGCCUCAUUGCUGAGAUGGAGAAUCGCAUGGCAGAGAUGGAGGCUGAGCUUGAGGAGAUGAGGAAAAGGGUGGAAAUGCAGCAGGCGGCUGCUACAGUCUCUGUAGCAUGCGCUCCCGACCUCGUUGAUGGUGAGCCACUGGCGCUACGCGUGGGUGGUCAGGGGUCAUCGUCGUCGUCGCUUGCUCUGUUAGUUCCCUGCCCAGGAUUGAGCGGUUUGUCGUCGAACUCGACAACGGCGGCCGCGGCGAGGCAGGUGUCAUUGGCGCUGAAGUCACGGGCUGGAGAGCUGAGGGUGCUGUUUGAUGAGCUUUGGAAAGCCAGUUUGAAAUUCAUCCCCCCGUUUCAGCUCGAGGAGAUGGGGAUGCAGAGGUUUAGUGAGGGGGUUGUGGGGAAGAUCGGGGAGAUUGAGAAGAUUGCGGAGGAGGUGGGGAAGGUGGGAAAGGGGGCGGAGGUGGAUACCGCGGGCGGUAGCGGAAAUCGGAGUGGGAGUGACAGUAUGAGUGUUGCUGAUAGGGAGAGGAGGUUCGGGUCAGAGUGUAAGGAUGAGAACUAA